AUGUUUCCUUGAGUUGGCUUUACUAUCUUGUCCUGGCAGAGAGCUCAUUUGUUGUCUACCAUUGCCUAGAUCAUCACCCGAGAAAACUAGAGAGCUAGCUUCCCCUAACAACACCAAGAAUCAUCAAUCAAUGGCAACAGCUAUGGCUACAAUGGCAAUGUUAAACGCCAAGUGCUUGAGCAUCAACUCAACCAAAAACAUCAACCAAAACAAGCCAUCUACAAAACCCAUUUCUCUUCUCUCCAUGCAAGACCUCCCCAAAGGUUUAACAAUCUCAAGGCCAACUAACAACACAGCUCUUGCAAGUACUGCAAUAGCAGGAGCCAUCUUUUCUACUUUGAGCUCAUGUGAUCCAGCCUUGGCUGCCCAACAAAUAGCAGAAAUAGCUGCAGAAGGAGACAACCGUGGCUUAGCACUUUUGCUUCCCAUAAUACCAGCCAUAGGUUGGGUACUGUUCAACAUCCUGCAACCAGCACUUAACCAAUUGAACCGCAUGAGGGAGACCAAGGGGGUGAUAAUUGGACUUGGGCUCGGUGGGUUGGCUGCAACAGGGUUGAUGGCGGCCUCAGAGGCAUCAGCAAGUGAAAUUGCUAUGAUUGCUGAUGCAACAAAUGACAACAGGGGUCAACUGCUGUUGUUUGUGGUUGCUCCUGCUAUUCUGUGGGUGCUGUAUAAUAUUCUACAGCCAGCUUUGAACCAACUCAACAGGAUGAGGUCUGAGUAGUGAGAUUGUUAUAUAUACAUGUGCAUGUGGGUGGUGGAGGUGUAAUGGCAGAAAAAUUUUACUUGUAAUUGCACCUUAUAUUAAUGAAAAUCUCUUGGAUUUUUUUCCUGGUUUC